UCUGACAGAUCAAAACAAAUCUUCAGACAUUAAAAAAUCGCGUGCAUUCGCCGACGACAACGAGGUGGCUCAAAAAUUAUAAAAAUAAUUCGUUCCACAGAACACUCUCAUAACCGACCACAAUGGACGUGCUGAGCCGACCCGCGGACGAGUUUGUCAACGAUGGCAUGGUGGAGGAACUUUGGGCCAUGAAAGCGGUCGAGCACGCCGAAAUUCACUUCAACCUGCUGUGCAGCGUCGAUCCGCGCCAGCUCCACCUCACCCCGUACGAUAACGAAAUUUACGAAGAGUUCCGCCGGAAUUUCCCCGACCUGGACGUUUCGGUGGUGAAGGAGGCCGACCUUAAAAGUGGCGACGGAAAGGCCAAAUGGCGCGCGUACGUCGAAAAGUUCAACCGGCUGGAGGACUUUAGCUACGGGACGCUGCUGCGGGCCGACGCCACCGAGGAAUUCCAACCGGACAAUGCCAUCCUGGUGGUGAGGAUUCAAUUUUGGGCGAUAGAAGUGGCCCGGAACCGGGAGGGCUGCAACGACGUGCUUCGGGAGAAGUUUCGCGGGCGCAGCAAAAAGGAGGAAUAGAGACGGGAUUAAUUUGUAAAA